UUGGCUGUUACUCCUGUCGCAUUUUUGGAAAGCCAACCUCAGAAAGAGGAAGUUCGUGUUUGGGUCGCAACACUGGGUGAAACUCGGUAAAACAAUCCUAACCAACGCACUGAUUUUCACGUGGGCGAAACCGCGCUCAUAAAUAAGAGAUGGAAGCCGGCGGCUGAUCGAUCAACAGGACACAGCCUGCAUGGAGGAAGAGGGCCGCUACAGCUGCUGUUGCAGCGGGGGGGAGGCACGACCACAACGGCGGGACGUGUUGAUUCAACUCCUCCGCCAGAAAGAGACACGAAACCCGCGGCUGGUUCAGCUUAUAGCCGCUGGGCUCCUGCUGCUGAUUUCCGGAGCUCUGGCGUUGCUCGUCACGGUUGUGUUUGGAGAGCGAGGCCAGCCGUCACGGGACAGCCAGCCGAUGAUGCAGCCUUAUAGGCCUUCAUCAGGGGUCAGCGUCGAACAACUGCAACUGAAAGACUUCCAGAAUCCCAGUGCCAUGCUAACAGUUCCUGAAGGCAACAUCUCUAAUGGGGAAUAUCUUCAAUGGGAGAGUGACGAUGGAAAUGCCUUCUGUCAUGGAGGUUUCAAAUACUCCAGUGGGAACCUUGUGGUGCCCACGAGCGGAAUCUACAGAGUCUUCUUGCAGAUCACUUAUGAGAGCAAGAAAGACCUUGUGUGUGUUGAUGGGCUGAGACUCACCAACUCUGUGUCUCGAAUCCAGGAAAGCUACAAUAAGAGUGUGACUUUCCUGUCAUCAGUGGACUCUGUGAGUUGCAACAUGGAACAGUGGAGUAAAACCCUUUACACGGCCGGUUUGUUCUACCUGGAGGCUAAUGGCAGACUACGCGUGACAUCAUCGCACCUCAACCUUAUUGUUCGGUCAGAACAUAAGGUGUUCUUUGGUGCUGAACUUCUGCCUCAGUGAUCAGCAAGAAUCACCUGAAUCUGAUCUUGAAGUUGUUUGGAAAUGUAAGGGUAGCUCUCAGUGUAGUUUUAAGGUUUUCCUUAACUAUUAAAAAAAACAAAAAACCCAGCCCAGUGUUGCAAACUGUUUUCCAAUGAAGGUAGGUAGCAGCACUAGCCCCAAAAGUUGCUAAAUCUAGCAAGAUAAGGGCCAAGUGGGCAACACUGACAGCCUGUCCCUUCAGGCCUCCCUCCAAAGCCACUCCCCCAAAAUUAUCAUCCUGAACAUGCUUAUUGUUAGUACCCACAGGUGUCAAGCUAGCAGCAUGUGGAAGACUCUGGUAAACUGACAUUUUACAAAUAAACCCAGAGAGUUAACGUGACAUUAUACAAACUGACAAGUAACUCAUUGAUUGGACACUUUUAGUGGGGGUCAUCCCGCAUCAUCAGGACCCACAGGGGGAAAUCAAAUUCUGUGGAUUUAGAGAAGUUUAUGCAGCACUUUAAUGUUCCUAAUGCAUUAUUAAGAAAUAAUUGAUUAUAAGCAUUAUUAGUAUUAUGCAGCUGGACCGCAUGUUAUGAAUAUGACAAAAGCUCCCAGUCGGCUGGUGAGAUCGUUCGGGGAGUGCACAUACUGUGGAUCGCUGUGUCACCUUUUUGACGGACUUAAUGAGCUGACCUAGCACACAGAGUCGAAUACAGGCAUAGAUGUUUUAACAGCUUUUAGUCAGGGAAAGUACCUGUGCUGACAAGCAUUCAUGUAGCUGUUCAUUUUCAGAAAUAGCGUGAACAUUCAUUUUUUGCCCCUGCUUGAGGGCCCCCUGCGCUCUGAAACCAUUAUUGCCCCGAUGGCUUUUUGCUGCCUUGAGUUGAGCCCAACUCUGGGCGCUACGCGCUGUGAUGUGUGCUGAACCCAAUGGUUAGCGCAGCUUAAACCUUGUCCAACUUGUGUUGCAAUUAUGGAUGUUUAAAGAAACAACAUUUGGUGUAGAUGUAUUUUUUCCCGGGUGGAAUGUGUGGAGCAUAUACAGUGUCAGAAACAGCUGUGAAAAUUUUGUCCUGAAUCAGGAGAAAUACAGGAGAAUUGUGACAAGGGUGGAAAUUGAGAGAGGGCAAUGAAAGCAAGGUUGGCAAGUGUGGCGCAGGAAGGUAGACAGGCAGGUAUUUGGGCCGAAUGAAAUGAUUGGAGUGGCUUACAGUCCUGAAACAGCCACAUAUACCAGAUUUUUUCAUUUUUUUGGCUCAGAGCAUUUGAUUAAUCCAUUGCUGCCAGGAUGCAAAGAAAAUUUCAACAAAUAUAACAAAAAAUGAAUUAACAACAUCCCGGACACUUGUAACUUCACAGCCUGUUGGCAGAGGAGGAACUGUCAACUUUUUAAAUAUAACUCAUUUUAUAUGUUUCAAAUAUAAACCAUCUCAUGGUCUUUAGUGCAGGAACAAGUGAAUUAAUUGAUUGAGCAUUUUUAGAAAAAAGUUACAAAUUAAGAAAAAAAGAAUUCCAACCUCUCAUAGGUUAGGAUUUACUCGGUCUUACAUCAUUGUCCAUUACAUAUCUACUGAUCUGGGCUGUUGGUCAGACAAAGCAAGUGAAAGGGAAAGAAUGGAAAAUAUUAUUAUCAUUAGAUCAAUAUUCACCACGGCAACUAGAUAAAGUAGAUCUGAAAGGUGAUGUCACAGCUGGCUGCAUGUCUGAUACGAGAUGGAUUUCAAAGGGAUCAUUACAUCCCUGUUGUAUUGAUGAAUUUGGCUUAAGUCCCCAUGGGGGCUGUAAGCUGAUAAAAACAUAUGGAAAGGGUUUUCUCUGUUAUUUAUCACAAGGAGCUGUUGUACAAGUAAGCUUACAUUGGCCCAUUUAACAAGGGUAGGAUGUGUUUUUGAUAUAUAUUAUUUAGUUCAUUGCUUGCGGGGCAGUGUGUACUCUAAGUUGAUGCUAAGCAAUUUUACAUUUUCCUGCUUUCAAAGACAUAUGAUUUGUGAUCUUUUAUGUUAUGUGCAGAGUUUGUAAAAGGAAAGUUAAAAAUAAAGACUUAAAUGACAAAACACCAAACUAUUUAAUUCUUUCAGUGGGGAGUUAAACCGUGUAUGUUCAUUUUUGG